CAAUUUUAUAUAUAUCGGCGCAGCGAUAGAUUAACUUCAGUUAUUUUAAGAUUUUGUAACUCUUAAAAUUAAUUACAAUGUUUUAAAAGAAUAGCGAACUAUUUUAGUUAGGUUUUUUAAAAGCAUGUCUUUCUUAUUUGAUUGUUUUAAACUAAAAAUAGUUAAAGUUAAAUUAUAAUUAUUUAGUUAAGUUAAAAUGAUUAAUUAGUUACCGUAAAAUAGGUGCGCAUCAAUGUAAACAUUUAAUUGAAACAAUUCUCGUAAAAUUGAUUAUCUGAUUCAUCCCCUCUCGAUUUUGCUAUAAAUACGAGUACUUGUUGCCGCGCGCCUCAUUCCGGCUCGAGCAGCCGAACAGUGUACAUCUCUUAUUAUAAUUGUUACGCUGUCAAUUUAAGUGCAAAGUAAUAAAGUGAUUAUUUUGAAGAAAUUAUAGUUUAAAUACUGUUACUAUGCAGGAUAGUGAUAAUAAUGAUGAGAAUGACGUCAGCAAUGCUGACGUCAUUAUUUUUAAAAACACUUUGGUGUCGGCUUCGCCGUCAUCAGAAGUGGGAUCACAUGCCACUUCCGCUCAACAACAGCCUGAUGUUAUAACACGAACAGAACCGCAUCAUGGAUUGAAUAUCACAGGCAAUAGUGGAACUUUGUCGCAGCAAGAACUAUCACAAGCACCUUUGAUCAAUGCGUCAAUGAAUAGCAUACCACCACAAUUAAUGAUGCAGAUGAUGCAAGUGAUGCAGCAAAUGUCGGAACGCCUAAGUAAACCAGCGGAAACUAAAGUGCGUAUUACCGACAUUUAUCUACCAUCAUUCGACCCCGACACGAAUGUGGGAAUACGCGAGUGGUGUCAACACAUCGACAAAGCCAUAGAAACAUACAAUCUUAAAGAUUUUGAUAUACGCAUGAGGAUUGGCAGUCUUCUAAAAGGAAGAGCGAAAAUGUGGGUUGACGAUUGGAUGGUUACCACAGCAACAUGGGCCGAACUACGCAACAAUCUAAUCACAACUUUCGAGCCAGAAAACCGUUAUUCCAGAGACAUAGUUCGGUUUAGAGAACAUGUGUACGACUCUUCUAAGAAUAUUUCAGAGUUCCUAUCACGAGCUUGGGUCUUAUGGAGGAGGAUCACCAAGGACAAACUAUCAAAUGAAGAUGCAGUUGAAGCAGUGAUUGGAUGCGUAGAGGACGAAAGACUGAGGAUCGAGCUACUAAAUACAAGAGCCACAACAGUGCCAGAACUGAUAUCCGUGGCAUCAUCAAUAAGAACGAUGAAGCGUCCUCAUCCAAAUUCAAAUAAUACGAGUGCAGAUAAGAGACCACGUUUUUCGAAUGCAACACCAUCAACUUCGUCAUGUCAUAUCUGUAAAAAAACCUGGAGAUCAGAUAACCGUAUCGGCGGAAAAUGAACCUCCAGCAUCAGCAGAAGAACCUACACCAUCUACUUCACGAGUCAGCAUGGUCGAGCAACAAACACAAGAAACAGCUGAUAAAAGCGUACGUAUGUUUCAUAUUUUAAUUAUUACUUACUAAAACAUCACCAUAACAAUCACAACGUCAAAGUACACCAAGUACGACAAUGAUAUGACAAAGUACCACAGAGUACGGCUGACAGAGUACCACAGUGUACGGCAAUUAUAUGACAAAGUACCACAGAGUACGGCUGACAGAGUACCACAGUGUACGGCAACAAUAUGACAAAGUACCACAGAGUACGGCUGACAGAGUACCACAGAGUACGGCAAAACAGAGUACCACAGAGUACGUAAACAAUAAAGUACCACAGAGUACUCUAACAAUAAAGUACCACAGAGUACGCAAUAAAAAGUACCACAGUGUACAACAUAGUACCACAGUGUACAACAUAGUACCACAGUGUACAUCAAAAUACAAAUUAAACAAAAUAAUUCACUUCCAUUAUUUAUCAGAAAAACAAAAAUAAAAUAAAAGGGGUACACAGAUACCAAUCUCAAAAGAAAAACAUUUCUUUGUUCUAGAUAAACUUCGAGAAUCAUCGAGAGAAACGUCUUAUACGCGGCUGGUGCAGAGCGCGCACCGCCGAUCAGAACGGCCGUAUCGGCGCAGCGAUAGAUUAACUUCAGUUAUUUUAAGAUUUUGUAACUCUUAAAAUUAAUUACAAUGUUUUAAAAGAAUAGCGAACUAUUUUAGUUAGGUUUUUUAAAAGCAUGUCUUUCUUAUUUGAUUGUUUUAAACUAAAAAUAGUUAAAGUUAAAUUAUAAUUAUUUAGUUAAGUUAAAAUGAUUAAUUAGUUACCGUAAAAUAGGUGCGCAUCAAUGUAAACAUUUAAUUGAAACAAUUCUCGUAAAAUUGAUUAUCUGAUUCAUCCCCUCUCGAUUUUGCUAUAAAUACGAGUACUUGUUGCCGCGCGCCUCAUUCCGGCUCGAGCAGCCGAACAGUGUACAUCUCUUAUUAUAAUUGUUACGCUGUCAAUUUAAGU